AUGUCGACCAAAACAUGGCGUAGAUGGCAUUCGCAUUUGACACCUGCCAACAAUCGUGGUCGAAAGACUCAGAUCACAAACAAUCAUGGGCUUCCCGUAUCUCCGAUUCUGGAACCACUCAAGGAGAAACCUGCUCGCGUACAUCAACCGCUGGAAUCUCUGACAUCUUUUCGCAAGGAGGUCGCUGCCAACGCGUUUGCAAACGCUCUAGCCACUCCAGUUCGGCAAUGCAACUUCACUGGUGCACGACUACCUUCACAUUAUCUACUGCCUUUUACCACAAAAUUCCUACGACACGAAGACGACAAACUGGUUCCAUACCUGGCUCCUUUCGAAAACUCAUCUCGACAAGCGACACGCGCUUAUGCUUUCAAUUCGCGUCAGCUAAUCAAUCGUCUUGGUCAAAAAAAGACAUGGCAGCGUCUGCUUGGCCAUGAGCUCAGAUUUGGUCUGACGAGCAGAAGUGACUAUAAGUGGCCCAAACAGAUCGACGAAAUCAUCCUUUCUCAGUUGCGUCAAUCUGUGGUUCGCAAGUUGGCUUGGGUGUUCAACAAGCCAAAGGCAAAUCUGGUUAUACCUCUCCAAUCAAACACGGAAUAUCCUCCAUCGGCUUGCAUUCUAUAUCUGCGAGCGAAAGUACUGUCGUCUUCUUCGAAUCCAAGCAUUACGGGAUAUGACCUUAGUGGGUUGCUAGGCCAUGAGCUGCUUGAGACUCUCGUCAAAGACACUUCGCUCGCUGACAAUGAUGCUCUGGUACUCACACAGUCCUAUAUGACUAUGUCCGCACAUAUUGCUCUGGCAAGAUUAUCCACCUUUCUGUCCUCAUCGGAUGCCACUUCAAACAGUGCUAAGACAUGA